GAUGGCGUCCCUGCGCUGUAGGCGAGACCCGUGCGGCUUUAUUUGUUUGAUUUUAACUUAUUUCAGCGUGUUUUAUGCGGACUACGUGGUGAUUCAGUAUGUGCUCAUCCCCGCCUACUCGGGAAGUGUGUGGUGUACGCUACAUGGAUCAGUGUUCAACCUGAUCCUGCUGCUGCUGCUGGCCUGCCACUCCAAAGCCGUCUUCUCAGACCCUGGUAUGGUGCCCCUUCCAGACACGGCCAUCGACUUCUCAGACUUGCGGUCCCAGUCGUCGCGAAUGAGCGAACGGGGCUGUGAGGGCUGGACGGUGUGCAGCCGCUGUGAGACCUACCGGCCUCCCAGAGCGCACCACUGCAGGGUCUGCCAGAGGUGCAUCCGCCGCAUGGACCACCACUGCCCCUGGAUCAACAACUGUGUUGGGGAGCUAAAUCAGAAGUACUUCAUCCAGUUUCUCUUCUAUACUGGCAUGGCCAGUCUGUACUCCAUGGUGCUGGUGGUGUCGGCCUGGGUGUGGCGCAUCAGGAGCGAGAGGGAGGGCGAUGCAGAGAAAGAAGGAGAGGAGACGCCCAGCAAACACCUGAUCGUUGCUCACUACAUCAUUCUCCUGGUGGAGUCGGUGUUAUUCGGCGUGUUUGUCAUGGUCAUCUUCUACGACCAGCUGGUCUCCAUAAUAACAGACGAGACUCCCAUAGAGCAGAUGAGGAACAGGCUGAUGAUGAAGGACAGAACAUCCUCCACCUCCUCUUCCUCCUCCUCCACCUCUUCCUCCGUCUCCCAGCUCCCCCACCACCCCACACACACCCGCAAGCCAAAGCUCGCCCUGCUGCGGGAGGUCUUCGGAAGAGGUUCGGUGUUUUGUUGGCUUCUUCCGCUGCACUCCAGCCCUCCCUCUGUCGGCGGAAUCAGCUACUCUGCCCUGCCGGACUACGACGUCUGACCUUUGACCUGAAAGAGAGAGAGAGAGAGAGGGAGAGAGAAAGAGAGAGAAGGGGAGGACCAGAAGGAGAUGGCAAGACAUUUGUUUGUGUGUGAGAAAGAGAGAGAAAACAAGUUUCUGCCUGACUGUGUCCAACUUUUGAUCUUAGACAUGAAGAGGCAGAAAUGGCAAGAGGAACGAAUGAAUGGAUGGAUGGAUGGAUGCAUAAUAGUGUGUGUGUGUGUGUGUGUGUGUGUGUGACUUGUUUCACCUUAGGACCUAAAACAGCGACCCAGUCUCUCAUCCCCAAAUCCCAGGCUUAUGAAACUCUAUCUCCUGGCUUUCUUGUCACACAAACAGGGCUGGUUUUCCUUCGUUUGGUCUCAAAUAAUUUUAUUAUUACGCCUCAAAAGAGCUGCUUCGAGGGUCAAUAUGAGAGUUCGACCAAUAUGUGAGGUUUUUUUUUGUUGUUGUUGUUGUCAUUGUCUUGUUUUAGUUCGUUUUUUCUUAACACACUAAUCUCGCCGAAAUCCAGUAUCUUUCUCGAUUAUUAACAAGAAAUCAGUACUUUAUUUUCGUAAAUGGGGGGGAAAGCCUCUAAAAUGGCAUUGAAGCUGAAACUCUUGAGCGCUGAAAUCCCAAGAUAACAAUAAUAACAGUUUUAUUACAAGUAAAUAUUAUUAUAUACUGUAAAUAUUGAAUUUAACAAGCUACAUUAUAUCUAUCUUAUUUACGUUGCUGAUGGGCCGGUUUCUUUACUUUUCUUAAAAGGCCAGUAUCAGCCCUGUAUGCCAGUCUAACCCUGGUGCUUGGUAUGCCCCAAAGAGUCUAGAGUAUAUCUGCUGCUGCCUAAAUAUCUAAAGGAAGUUGCGUGAUAUGGCCAGGAGUCGGUCAAUCAAAACCCCCCUAAAUUUCCUAAAUGUUACUGAAUUGAAGUUUAGAAAACCAAGUGGAGCUUUACACGGUUCCUUUUUUUCCUCACGUUAAUUCCCCACCGUGAGAAAAACAAAAAGGAGCCUAAAAGAAAUAGGUCAAAGUUGUUUUUUAUUUAUUUAUUUUUUUUGCACUCUCAAAGUGGUGACGGGAUCUGGCCAGGAGUUGACUUCCCGUUUCGUUACUUUUGACACCACAAACCCCUCAGCCGAAAAGCCCCUGAAAUUCCUAGAUGUUACUGAAUAUUUUAUUUGCACAAGAUGCCUCUAAUGUUUAUUUAAUUUAUUUGCUGGGCGACUCUGUCCAGUUUACUGAGUUGGACUUUACGUGGUUCCUGUUUUUGAUUUUGUUAAAAUCCCAGCCCUGAAUCUGAAGAACAAAACGGAGCCAAAAAGAAAAAGGUCAGCAGAGUUUAUGAUACCAAUCACCAACACUAUUUACUAUUCAAAAUCAAGUAUCAUGAAGUUUUUUACAUUCAUACAGUUUAUGAACUAUUAUUUAAUUGUAUUAUGAGCCGAAGAAGAAAGUAUAUUUUUACCUAGUUACCAUUCUCCCUGUGCAUUGAUACCCAUAACUGAUGUAAUGAAAAAAAGAAAGAAAAAAAAAAAAAAACAAGUUUAGAUUGGGACUUAAAUUUCAUGCCUUUGGGAAUUGGGUUCAUCAUCCAACAGGAGACAGAGAAUGUCUUAUCAAGAGAUUAUUGUUUUGUUUUUCUGUUUUUCCUCUUGUUCCUGUAUUUAUUUCAAGAUACAAAGAAGUGCAGUUUGUUGUGCGAGUAACUAAACUGUGUUACACAUACAUGUAACCCACCAGAUACACACACACACACACACACACACACGUACACACACACACACACACACAAACAGGGAGUGACUUGGUCUGAUUUAACAAGGUAGGUGUUGGACAGGCACUUAAAUCUUGUUUACUGCAACACUUUCCUCGAAUUCUAUUUUUAGCUAGAGAUGAAAAUAAUAUUUUGUGCUAAAUACCGUGACGAAAACCUCCUUUAUUCCCUCACAAGUCACCCCCCCCAUCCACCACACAUAUACACACACACACACACACACACGUACACACACACACACCUCAGUAUUCUACAAUAUCUCAGUGAAGGGACGGUUCUUAACUUAUUUAUUGUUUCUAACUAUUCCGUGGAGUUAACUCUACCAAUGACUGUGUAUUUUUAUGUGAAGGGGUGAAGUUGCCUUUCAGCACCAACACGGCCUCAGAUUUGCUGCUUCCUCGCCAAGAGUUAAAUGACUGUCGUGUAAUCUUUGCAGCCACACGUCCGGCUCAGAUGACAGACGUUUGGAGAAAUUUAAGCACAUGGUCAGUAGGUCAGACAGCAGCAGCGACAUCGUGGGCUGUGAUCGUAAAACCAGUUAAUAUUUCCAAGGGUGAAGCUAGGAAACAAAACUUUACAAAGAUCACGGACGUUGCUGUACUUCGCUAGCUAGAGAAACAAAACUUUACAAAAAUAGGGAUGUUUUGCUACACUUUGCUUGCUAGGGAAACAAAACAAUGAACAAGGGCAUUGCGACACUUGGCUAGCUAGAAAAUAAAAAACUAUGAAGAACAAUAAAAAUAUUGCUACCCUACGACUAGGGGGAAAACAACUUUACAAACAACAUCAAGGACGUUGCUGCACUUUCUAGCUCGAGAAACAAAACUUUACAAAGAAAACAGAUGUUGCUACCCUUCGCUAGCUUGGGAAACAAAACAAAGACUAAGGGCAUUGCUACACUUGGCUAGCUAGAAAACAAAGGGCAAGGAUGUUGUUUCACUGAACUAGCUUGGGAGACAAAACUUCAAGAAGAACAGUAAAAAUACUGCAACACUACGACUUGGAAAAAAAAGUUAAACAACAACAAGGACGUUGUCGUUCUUAACUAGCUAAGGAAACAAAAUGAUGAACAGUAAAAAUGACGCUAUUUUACGACUUGGGGAAAAACUUUUUAAAGAACCACAAAUAGCAUUGUUGCAAUUAGCUAGCUAGGGAAACAAAACUUUACAAAGAACAGGGACCUCUCUCUGUGACCUGUCGUGUCCCUGGCCGUCACUGACAGGGGCAGAGAAAUGGCCUUGGCUAGGAAUUUGUUCAGUAGCUCAAACUUUACGGAAGUUACGCUACUUACAAUAUGACAUGCACAGUUGUGUCGGCGACAACACAUUCAGAUCGAAAGGGUUAAGCUAGCUUGAGAAAUAUAACUUUACAAAGAACAGUACAAAUAUUGCCACGCUAUGACUUAGAGAAAAAACUUUACAAAGAACAACAAGGACGUUGCUCUUAGCUAGCUAGGGAAACAAAACUUUACGACAAACAGUAAAAAUGUUGCUAUUCUACGACUUGGGGAAAAACUUUACAAAGAACAACAAACAGCGUUGUUGCAGUUAGCUAGCCAGGGAAACAAAACUUUGCAAAGAACAGGGAUGUUGCUACACUUAGCCAGCUUGAGAAAUAAAACUUUACAAAGAAUAGUAAAAAUAUUGCCACACUAUGACUUGGAGAAAAAACUUUACAAAGAUCAAGACGGACGUUGUUGCACUUAGCCAGCUAGGGAAAAAAAACUUUACAAAGAACAACAAGGAAACAAAACUUAACAAACAUCAAAGCCGUUGCUACACUUUGUCGACUUGUCAGCAAAGUAGAACCCAAGCUAGCGAUGGCAACCUGUUUUUUUUUACUUCUCAUUAUCCCACAUUUAACAGGGAAAAUUUCUCCAGACCUCUGUUUCAGACGCCGGCGUCGCUACGUGAGAUUAACCUCAGCGAAACAUUUAUAGCUUUCGGACACACCCGUUCCCAGUGCGGGUUCACCUUACAGUCAACCGACGACAAUAUUGGUCAUCCUGGGUACCCAUAGUGGUGUCACUACCUCACUUUUGCCUCACUUGAGAUGGACUUGCCAAUGCACACACACUAAUUCAUGUAUGAGAUAGCUCGCAUUUUACAAAAUUUACUCCUGUGUUUAUGAAUAGUUGCGGGCAUUCUAGUAAAGCAAAUUAUGAUUUUUUACUAGUUGAGAAUUCUUUAGUCCUUAGCUCAAAAAAUAGUUGUUUUUGGGGGGAAUAGAAGCAAGUAUAGCAUUUUGAGAUUUAAAAAGAGAUUUUAAAGAGACCCACGACGGCCAGCCAAAGCUCACAGGUUCAGUCCAGCAGCCGUGUGCCCCGAUGAAGUGUCCUUCAGCCCUUCCUGCUACACUUAAUGUUAGGCCCUGUUCACAGUUAACACAAUGCAGACAUACACUGACACGCCUUCGUGGCACAUGCCAGUUCUCUGCUUAUAUGGCAUUCAUAGUGGUGACCGGCUUCCUCGAGUCUAGAUCGAGGUUAUGAAUCAUUUAUGCUAAAGAGGGCAGCAGAUGAUAACAGUGGAGGGUGUGUGUGUUUGUGACUGUGGUAGAGGAAUGUCUGCUAUUAGAUCUGUAGAGUAGAUGAUGGCAAUUUUAGUCCCCUUUUGCCUAGAUAUUGAAGUUUGGUGAAGAAGCAUUACCAAUAUGUUCAAAUGUCAGCCUCAAAAUUUGACACCCUCCAUCGUGUUCCCACUGUUUAGUUAAGACAGGAACCAGUGUACCAUACUCUGUGUAUCUGCGAAUUCCCCUCCCCAAACCACUGGAUCCAGUGAUUCGGCUGUCACACUGAGGUCCUUAGUGACUGGGUUCAGUCAGGAAGCACUGGCAGCUACCUACAAGUUGAAUACCAUGUAGGUUUGUAUUUACUUUCUUUGUAGUUUGUUUAGAAGUAUUUAUAUUUGCAGCCUUUACCUGAAAUGCAUCACAAUACAAAAUGUCGGGGAACAGUCCUCAACACAGCGACGUUUUCGGUGUUGAGUGUGACUGUAACCGGCCUCAGUUGCUCAGGAGAAGAGCGUCAGCUGGAUGCCUCAGAAAAAAAAAAACUGUGAAAUUAAAUCUUUUUCAUGGGUGGCAUCUUUUAAUUGAGAGGUUGCAGCAAACCGGGUCCUUCCUCGGCGGAAAGCAAAGGCAACUUCACCCCGUGGCGUGUUUUUAUGUAUGUGUAUAUAGUUAAUCUAACUAUCUGUGUCCAGCCUGGGCUAAUAUGAAUGGAGGGAGUUUCAGAUAUAUAAGGGAAAAUCAUGAGAAGUGUAACAGUGGUUUAAAUAGCAAAAACAUCAAUUUUAAUAAGGUAUUUAUAUUAGUCUUAUAAUGUCAUUUAAAAAAAAAAAAACUGUUCCAAGAUGAUCUCACUUGUUUCCACUGUAAUUUCCCUUUUUGUCGGGACCUUUUCCUGAACGGUGUGACAUCAUUUUGAAACAAGUGGAGUAACUUCCCUUUUUUCCCCAAGAUAUUGCCACUUGUUUAAGGAAAGUGAAGUGAAACUGAGGAAGAAACAAAUGAAAUUAUCGUUUUGUACCACACUGAUGAUUUUUCAUGUGCUUUAUGGGAAAUAGAAGUGACAUACUUCAGAUUAAGUGUGUGUGUCGACCAGGAUUUGAAAAUGCAAUCAUCAAAAAUAAGUCAGUAUUAGCUUCUAUUUUAAACCAUGUUCAAACAACAACAGCAGAUUAUGCUAACUGUAUCUUAGGUCUCUGAAAAGACAAACACUUGGAAAAUUGCUUGUGGUAACAAGGGAAAUACAGCGUCAUUGGAGGGCUGACAACAAAACUAGGGACUGCAGUUUCACGUCUUCAGUGCGUUCACACUGCGAGCAGCCGGGUCGAUGUUAGAGCCGUGUGGCUGCAAAGUGACGACUAAUAGCAAUAAGUCAUGUAUCUACACAAAAACAUGCAUUUGGCAUUGCUUUGGUAUUGGCUUUCCAGAACAAUUCAUAUUCACUCUCCAUUGACUUUGUAUUGCUUUAAGGUGUCUCCUUGGUUUCCGAUGGUCGCCAAGUCAAAAGUUCAAAAUGGUGAAAAACAGCUUCAGCCAUGUUUUUUCCACUAUUCACACCUGCGAUUCAAACCAAACAUUGACAUAUUUAACCCCAACAUGCUCGGUGUCCUCUGCAAACUGACGGGAACUUUUAACGUGACGACCAUCAGAAGCCAAGGAGGCGCCUUCAUGCAAUUCAAAGUAAAUGGAGAGUGUUUCCCCGAAUCAAAUAGCUUCAGAGCUAGAGCUGUGUAUCUCAGACUCUGUUCUCGAAGUUUUUGUACGCCUAUCAUCAACUUUUCAUCCAUUUUUAUAAGUGCCAGGCAAAACUAGAAUCAGUCUGGAACCAAGAAAGCCUUGAAAUCUGAUUGGCUAUUGUCAGCUUAAUACCGGGUGAAGUUAAUAAAACUCUACUUGGCCAACAAGCUUUCUGCACACCAUCACUACGGCCUCACUUCACAAGGAGGUGAAUGGGAGUGCACGCUUCCUCUCUGACCACACAAAGAAUAUGCCUUAUUUCUGUGAGGUGUCUGGGAGUUUCAGUUUUACCACUAAAGGGACGGGGGGGUGAGGGGAAGAACAGGCGGUGAUGGUACAGUCUUCUCAUUUUGUUGUGACUCCUCCAACAUGGUGGCACAUCACUGGUCUCCAACCAAACACGAUGUGACCGGCUGUUAAACUUGCAAUAUUGAGCGCGUACUCGCCCAGGUUUGGUUUGUGUUAGCUGUACAUAGGGAGGUAUGUAUUUUAUAUCAAUGAAGUGUGCAAUUCUCAUGAAGUGAGAGUUACUGAAACUCAGAACUUUUUCUUUUUCUACCAGGAUCUGGGUAAAACAAUACAAGGUUUGAAAUGUUUUUGUGAAAAUUUGCAAAAAGAAAACACAUCACAAGAUGUGUAAGAUUUAGUCUUAAAUUGCCUCACCUUGAAUUUUACUUCUGUAAAACUUACAAGUUUGGUAAUGUUGGGUAUCCCUGGUUCCAGUCUAGGGGAGAACUGAAUCCCCUUUAAAAUCACAAAAUGAAAAGCAAGUGCACCUUGGCUUUUUGCAGAUAUCUAAAAACCUUUCAAGCUGUACAUGUGUUUUUGUCCAGGUGUGUGUUAACUAUCAGGGUACUGGCUUGCCUGUUUGAUUCUGUUGAAAAAUGCAGUUGUUUUGUUUUUUUUGUAUCAAUGUUAAUUAACAGCGUGCGCUUGUUUCGAUUCACCCACCUUGGCGGAGUUGCCUCAUCACCACUUUAUUCCCUCUGUUUGAAGCGCCCUAACUUUUGACUUCCGGCCACAUCUCUGUGAAACGAACCAAGCGCACCGGUUUGCUGUUUUACUUGACAGCGGGAAGGAAUGUGUGUACAAAUAAGGAGGGCUUGAAAUUAACACGAGCCACCAGCCAAACGCAACAACAUCUCACACGUGGUGGGCUCAUGUGUCAAAUCUACCUGCCACUUUGACGAUUAGACGUUUUCUCCUUUAUUUUGAUAACCACAGUCACUGUGCAAAUAUUAAAAGGUGCAUUAAUGUAUGACCUCGAUCACCCUCUAUGGGCGAAGAGUAAGAAUUGCAACACAUCCUCCUUCAAAAGACGUUCGGACAGGGUUGGCCCAAUGUUCCCUCCGUCGCCAAGAAAUUAAUCCUCAUGUAAAGUACGCCCUGUACUCCCCCAGCCCUGUGUUCAGUCAGGGUGUCAGAAUUAGGCUGGUAGAGUUUGUAAGUGGUUGCAACAAGAUUUGAACUAACUCAUUAAAGUUAGCAAAAAAUAUGUUUGUUCGUUUUUUGGAACUCAUUUUACAGUGUUUUACGUGUACAAUGUUUUGUUCAAGAGCUUAGACCACUUAGAAUGAGAACAUGGGAACAUGGCGCUGAGGGAACAUCGGACUGAGGGAACAUAGCAUUGAGGGAACAUAGGGCUUAAAGAACAUAGAGCUAAGGGAACAUGGAGCCGAGGGAACGUAGAUUCAAGGAAACAUGGAGCUGAAGGGACAUAGAUUCAAGGAAACAUAGAGCUGAGGGAACUUAGAAGUCAGGGAACGUAUGCUGCGUUCAUGCCAUAUCGGAGAGAUCAGGAGUCCAACUUUGAAAACUCGCCCUGAUGACUUGAGAGUUUUCACGCUUCCCUUCAAAUCACUGAGAACUUACAGCUAACGAUUCACAGGCCAGCAGCAAAUGCAAAAUGCUAAACACUCGCCUGCCGAUGAACGAGCUGAAUAAAUGUGAAUAAACAUGUAGAGAAGAUUAGAUCGACUGACUAAGGGCCUAUCACAAGUAUUAUUACUGACGAUGCUUCCACGAUGAACUCCAGGCUUGUCAAAAUCUUCCAUGGCAAAGUGAGAGAAAUCAGGCGGAAGCAGCAAGGAGGAAUCACGUUCUCACGAUUUUCAACGAUAUGGUCGUGAACGCAGUAUCUAAGGCCGGUGGGACACAGAUUUGAGGGAACACAGAGCCGAAGGAACGUUGGCGCUCCGGUUUACCUCAGUCCGUCUCGUCCGUCUCUACUGUGAUUGUCCACAGAACAAAAAGAAAGAAAAAAGAGCAAGUAGUCCCAAAAGAACACAACAACCCUGAACGCUGUUAUUUUGUGCUAGUGGUCAGUAAGCAAAAAAAAACUAUUUUCCCUUUAAGACGAUAUUCCCGAUACAUUCCUGAGUUCCAGCCUCGUACACAUUCCAUUUCCGUCAUCCGAAAAUCUUAAAUCCGUAUCUCCUUUUCAUGGUGAAGGUGGUUUUAACAGGAGAGGUCUUUCUGUUUCACACACACUGUGCUGCGGCUGCAAACAGAUUCUAACGGUUGGCCCAACUGUUUAUUUUUUUUUCUUUUGUUGUUAUUUUGUUUGUUUGCUUUUUUUUUUUUUUUUUUUUGGCUGGAUGACUUGUGAAGUUAGUUUCACGCCCUGCGAACAAACCAACAAAGAGUUUAUUAUCAUGUGGCUUCAUGAUGAACAAGUUUACAACUGACUGAUGUUUAUCUAUUGUUACUCUCUUGAAACCGUGACCUGUGUAUUAUUCCUAUUGAAAUGCUGCUCUGGCUUCGUCAACUGGAAGUAAAACAGAUGUCAUAAACUUCA